AUGAUAACAGAACAAGUAUUACAUAAUAGUCAUAGUGAAGAUGACAAUAAAGUACAUAUAGAGACAUUCUCAUUAAGAGGAUCAGUUGCAGGUGCACCUAAGAAUCGUACGAUACGACAACCAAGUGUAUUCAUAAUCUAUACAGGUGGUACAUUGGGUAUGAAACGUGAUCCCAUUACCCAAGCACUCAGACCAGAACCAAACUUUUUAAAUGAACAAUUAGCAUCUCUACAAGAAAUGAAGUCUCCAGAUAUGCCAAGAUAUACAUUAUAUGAAUUUGAACAUCCAGUUGAUUCAAGUGAUAUGGAUCAUGAUGAUUGGAUAAAGAUUGCAAGAUUGGUUGAAAAGAAUUAUUAUGAUUAUGAUGGAUUUGUGGUGAUUCAUGGUACUGAUACAAUGGCAUAUACUGCGAGUGCACUUGCAUUCAUGUUGGAGAAUUUGGGUAAACCGAUUGUGUUGACGGGGUCACAAAUCCCAUUUGGUGAUAUUAUCAACGAUGCACGUCGUAACCUUAUCACGGCCAUCAUGUUUGCUGGCAAGAUUGAUAUCCCAGAAGUCUGUAUAUUUUUCAACAACCAAUUGAUUCGUGGAUGUAGAUCGAGAAAGAUUGAUUCUUGGUCGUUGGCUGCAUUCGAGUCACCCAACUGUCUACCAUUGGCUACGUUGGGUAUGGAGAUCAAGGUAAAUAGUGAUGUCGUACUCAAUCAACCAAAGGGACGUUUCAGACUAUACGAAAACAUGAGCAAGAAUGUUGCCGUCCUUCAUCUUGUACCAGGAUUUAGUGAUGAAUGUGUAGAGAAUCUCCUCAAGCCACCUUUGGAGGGACUGAUUAUCCAAUCGUACGGAUCGGGUAAUGCACCUGCCAAGAAGCGUGCGUUCCUCGACCACAUUGUCACUGCCGUCAAGAGAGGUGUUGUCGUUGUUGUCUGCAGCCAAUGUGUUCGUGGAACCGUCAAUCUCAAAUACUAUGAGACUGGCAAGAGUCUUUUGGAUGCAGGUGCCGUCUCUGGUAUGGACAUGACAGUCGAAGCAGCUGCCACCAAACUCGGUUGGCUACUCAGUAUUGGUCUGCCAACCGAACAAGUCAGACAAUUAAUGGAAAAGGAUUUACGUGGAGAAUUAACUGUUAAACCAAUGACUGGUCCAAAAUAUUAUUAUUAUCAUCAUUAA